AAAAAGAUAAUGUGCGAUUUUCACAGCGAGAUAAAAUAUCGCAAAACAAAACCGGCUUCAUCAUGGAAGAAAUUGGACUGAACCCUCCAGAAAAAGAGGAUUCCGGACUGACUGAGUCUCGGCCUGGAACUGCCCCUAAUACAGCUCAUAUUGACCCACUGGGAGUGGACAUCGAAGAUCUGUAUGUUAAAUACAAGAAACUUCAACGUCAGCUAGAGUUUCUUGAAGUUCAGGAAGAGUACAUCAAAGAUGAGCAGAAGAACCUUAAGAAGGAAUACCUGCAUGCACAGGAGGAGGUGAAGCGCAUACAGAGUGUGCCUCUUGUCAUCGGACAAUUCCUAGAGGCUGUUGACCAAAACACUGGAAUCGUUGGAUCAACCACUGGUUCCAACUACUAUGUGCGCAUCUUGUCCACCAUAGACCGGGAGUUGUUAAAGCCGUCAGCCAGUGUGGCCCUUCACAAACACAGCAAUGCCCUCGUGGAUGUCCUUCCUCCGGAGGCAGACAGCAGCAUCACCAUGCUAGGGGCUGAUGAGAAGCCUGAUGUUGAGUAUGUCGAUAUUGGUGGUAUGGACAUACAGAAGCAAGAAGUUCGGGAGGCUGUGGAGCUGCCCUUGACCCACUUUGAUCUUUACAAGCAAAUUGGUAUCGACCCUCCCCGUGGUGUUCUCAUGUUUGGACCACCAGGAUGUGGCAAGACCAUGUUGGCUAAGGCUGUAGCCCAUCAUACUACAGCUGCAUUUAUCCGUGUUGUCGGUUCUGAAUUUGUCCAGAAAUAUCUUGGUGAGGGACCACGUAUGGUGAGAGAUGUGUUCAGACUAGCCAAGGAAAAUGCUCCAGCCAUCAUCUUCAUUGACGAAAUUGAUGCUAUAGCUACCAAGAGAUUUGAUGCCCAGACCGGAGCUGACAGAGAAGUGCAGAGAAUCUUGCUGGAGUUGCUGAAUCAGAUGGACGGCUUUGACCAGACCGUCAAUGUUAAGGUUAUCAUGGCGACAAAUCGUCAUGACACAUUGGACCCUGCCUUGUUAAGACCUGGUCGACUUGACCGUAAAAUUGAGUUUCCCCUCCCUGAUCGGCGACAAAAGCGUCUAAUCUUCUCCACCAUCACCGGGAAGAUGAACCUCAGUGAGGAGGUAGACUUGGAGGACUAUGUUGCCCGGCCAGAUAAAAUCAGUGGGGCUGACAUUAACGCCAUAUGUCAGGAGGCUGGGAUGCAGGCUGUGAGGGAGAACCGUUAUGUGGUGCUGGCCAAGGACUUCGAGAAGGGAUACAAAAACAACACCAAGAAAGAUGAAACUGAGCAUGAGUUCUACAAGUAAAACAACCCCACUCUGGAAUUUAACAAUGCUGGAUAGUGAAAAUAUUCAUGUUUGGAUGUAUGGAUUCUGUAGAAUUGUUCAUUGUUGGUUUAUAUGUUGGCCAACUGUUAUGGUGAACUUGAAAGUUUAUGUUGACUUUAAAAAUGAUCAAUACAAUGUUAAAAUUUGCAGUCAACUAAUUUAUUUAUGAAAAGUUGACACUAACAAGGCUGUAAAUAUUUACGUGUAUGUAAACAUGUACAAACAUGUACAGUUAAAGGAACAUUGUCACUGAUAAAUCUUGUGUUUUGAUGGAUUAAAAUGUAGAACUCUAUGACAUACAGAAUUCUAGCCAUUAUAUGACCAGAUAAACAUGUCAUGAAUGUGUAAAACAAAUCCUUUAAAAAUAAAGAUUUGCUAUAUUGA